AUGGCAGACUUUGCAUUCACACGGCAAGACGACACCAAGGCAGCAUCUGAAACCACCAAGAUCGUCCCGCUCACCUGCCAUGGCCACUCCCGACCCAUCACCCACGUCUCCUUCUCCUCCUUCACCCACACCCCCGGCUCCGCAGCGCAAUACUACAUGAUCUCAGCCUGCAAAGACAACAAUCCCAUGCUCCGCGACGGCCUGACGGGGGAUUGGAUAGGAACCUUCCUCGGUCACAAAGGCGCAGUCUGGAGCGCGCGUCUGUCCGAUGACGCCUCACUUGCAGCCACGGGGUCUGCUGACUUCUCCGCUCGAGUGUGGGACACGUAUACCGGCGAGACGCUGCACACUCUCCAACAUGACCACAUCGUCCGAGCCGUUGCCUUUCCUCCAGUAGGACGACCCCAGAUCCUAGCAACAGGCGGGAUGGAAAAGAAGCUACGAAUCUACGAUUUGUCAAGAGCAAGCAAUGGCCUCCCAACAACAGCCUCCACCUCUCCCUCUACCUCCAACGGCGCCGACACCACCCCGUGCUACGAAGUCGGCACAGGAGAGCAUCAAGCCGCAAUCAAAAGUAUCAUCUGGUCCCGUGACUCCAACAUCCUCGUAACAGCCUCAGACGACAAGAACAUCCGCUGGUGGGACCUGCGCAGCCGCGCCAGCAUUGCCUCCCACCCCAUCCACGCCCUCCCCACCUCCUGCGAACUCAACAUCGGCGUUGGCGCUACAGCCACCGAAGGCGUCGUCAGCGUCGCUGCAGGCAAGAACGUCUACAUCUUCGACGGCGGCAAGCCGGGCCAAUUGAUCAAGCACAUCCGGACGGAGCGCGAAGUAGCAAGCGUGGCGGUCAAUGGUGCUGCGAGGAAAUUUGUGACUGGCAGUCCCUCGGAUACGUGGGUGCACGUAUGGGAUUGGGACUCGGAGCGGGAAUUGGAGACGGGCAAAGGACAUCAUGGGCCUGUGUGGACCACGUGCUUCUCGCCUGAUGGGAAGUUGUAUGCCACGGGAAGUGAGGAUGGGACGGUGAAGCUGUGGAAGUUUACUGAGGGCGCAUAUGGGCUGUGGAGAUGA